AUGAUCAUACUUACUUAUUUUCCUGAACACAAGAACUACCGUAGAUUAAUCAAAACUAUUUUCAAACGGUUUGAUUUAUUAAAAGAAGGAGAACUCUGGCUUGGUGGACUUGCUUCGAUUAUUAUUGUUGUUUUAAUCAUUUUUACAUGUCGAUUUAGUGAUAUGUUUCUUAAUCUUUAUCCUAUUGAAGAAACAUCACAUGAUGCUCGAAUGGCAGUUUCAUGUGAUUCUUCUUUGCUUAAUGCAAAAUUUAUAACAUCACUUCAACUUCUUUCCAUUCAUAAACAUGAACAAGAACAAUCCAUCUUUGAUAUGCUUGAUCAACAACAUAUUACUCUUACUAUUCAUUUUAUUGGAACUGCUUUUUCUUGUAAAAAUGUGAGUAUGCAACAAAAUAUGGAUCGUGGACAAAGUAUAUCAUCAACUAAUUUUAAUUGUUCAUUUGAUAAUGAGAAUUUCAUUUUAUCUGUUUCUACUUUGUUACCACAACAUCGUAUUAGUGUAGAAUUUAAUUUGAAAGGACCUUAUUUUGUUGGUGGAUUUCGUCUUUGUCUUUCAGGACCAUCUAAAACACAAAAUGAAAAGAAAUAUAUUGUUGAAGAACUUGACUUUUGUCAAAUGUUUUCUCCAUUGAAUGAAACUUUGACUGUAAAUGCAUUAGUAAAUAUUAAAAUGACAAAAACAAUUAAUCGAACUAUGGGUAUGUCAAUAAAUGAUGAUUCAAUGUAUGGUGGUUUAUGGCUACCUAAAUUGUCAGUGACAACACUUUCGGAUGCACUUGUUUACGAAGAAAAUGGUGAAUAUUUACGAUAUUUGCCUGAAAGAACAAGUCUUAUUGUUGAUAUGAGUGAAUCAGAUUUUUUUGUACAAAACACUCAAGAACCAAUUGCUCGAAGAAAUGAAAUCAUAUUUUAUACUGUUUUAUUUUCGAGUAAGAAUAGCCUUUUUUUUUCGUUUAUUGAUGAUAGAAAGAUUAUUGCUUAUUUUUGUUUUAGUGUUAUGCUUGGAUCUGUUUGGUUUGCUCUAUCUUCUUAUGAAACUAUUAAUCGUUCCUGUUGUUGACUUUAUUGUAAAGCGUUACUUUACAAGUCAUAGUCGAGCUUCAGACAAUGAUCAAGAACGAAUCAAAAUAGCUCAACUUGUGCGAAAGAAACUCAGAAUAGCACUCCAAUCGUUGGAAGUGAAAAAAAGCAAAUGAUCGAAAUAUUAUAAAUUGCUCUCAUAGAUAUUUCCUUUUUCUAUUCAUUCGACAAUAAUGAUGAUAGAAACAACUAACGAUAAUUCUAGUGAAAAAACGUUGUGUACACUGUAUACUAGGGGUGUGGUGUGAGUAAACAAAAUACCAACACUCAUACUCACAUCCAUUUAUUUAAGAAGUUACAUAAAAAAGUGAUAUAAAGAUACUUAUUAAUAUAAUAUUGUCAAGUUAUGAUUUUAUAUGACUUAAUAAAGUACGGUAUCAAGGAAAUAAGUAUAAAUGAAAGUAUUUUUGUGUGAAUAAAUACGAUCGUUCAUGUUUAUAUCAGUCUUACUUAUAUUUCGUUGUGUAAAAUAUUUUAUAUUGAAUUUAUUUGAAUAUAACAUUUUUCCUUUUGUCUUCCGAUUAGCAUAAAAUAAUGUUCUUUUAACUUUUCUAGCUCCAUCGGCCUGAGUAAGUGAUACUUUUUCUGAAAUAUCUUAGUUUUUGAAUGAUUCAGAAACAUGAUACUAUAUCGAGACACAUCAGUCACUAUGAUAGAAUAGAUGUCAAAAGAGAAAAAGUUCAUGGAAACAGAUAACAUUUCAUGACGAAAGAACUUCAGCAUAGAUCUUACCGAUUCAACUAUCAAACACGGUUGAGUUGCUUUGAGAAUUUUGUCGUACCUUAUCAUCUGUAUAAUACAUCAAUCAUCAAAAAUGGAAAUCAAUCUGUUAGAAUAUAUGUUAGACUGUUAGAGAACAUGAGAAACAUACUGAAUUCUCUUCUACACUUACGUAAUAUACUAAAAGAAUAAUGGUAUGAUUGUUGCGAUUAAUUGGGUAAGAUACGGUGUGGAUUUUAUGUUCGCAUCCUCACUCAUACCGACACCCACACCCACACCCUAACACUUAUACACCCAUUCAUACUAUUAUAUUUAAUUUUAUCAAUAAAUAAAUGCGGAAACUUCGGAUUUAAAUCCGAGAGUUAUGUGUACUUCAAAAAGUGAAUCAUACAAAUCAAUCAUCCUAGACUAUCUGAAUAUCAAAAUUAUACUGUGA